AUGCGUGUGACGGGUUUCUUGGCCCUUGUCUCAACAUUCCCCUUCCUCUCCGGCUCAUGGCCGACGAUGCCCCAAAGACGAUCCAGACUCUUGGCCAGAGCUGACGAGCCCCCGACUCUGAAUGGCCUUGUGAGAGAUUUCGAUAGGCUUUCGCCGGCUGAGAUCAAAACUUUUACUCCCCACCUGACUCGCAAAGACCUUGAGAAACUUUACGGUUGUGUUGCAUCGGAAGGCGCUUGUACUGGACAUUUACACGAUCUGGCGAAGCAUGCCGACGAGAUGGGUAUAUUGAACUCUUUCAAGACUCCCCACUAG